AUGGCAGACAUUGACGGAUUAUUGAACAUCGACAACAUAAUUUCCAGACUCUUGGAAGUGCGCGGUGCGAGACCUGGCACGAACGUUCAGCUGUCCGAUGGUGAAAUGAUAGGCCUGUGCCUCAAGUCCAUUGAGAUCUUCCGAUCGCAACCCAUGCUAUUGGAGCUCGAUGCGCCGUUGAAAAUAUGUGGUGAGUACCUCAAACACCUCUGA